AUGUCGUUAAAUGAUACUGAGUUAAUCAAUUUCUUGGUGAGUAUAUCAAACAACGUGAAUCGUUAUUUUCCAACAACAAUAUUCUUAAUUGGAACAAUUGGAAAUAUAUUAAAUAUUUUAACAUUAAGUCAACGUCGAUUACGUCAAAUUCCUUGUGUAUUCUUUUUCUUAAUUUCAUCAAUUUGUAGUUUAAUUUCUAUUGAUUUUGGUUUAAUUACACGAGUUUUAUCUGGUUUUGUUGUUGAUCCAACUUAUACAAUUGGAUGGUUUUGUAAAUUUCGUACAUUUGUUGUUUUUUCCACUCGUGCAAUGGUUUUCUGGUUAAUUGUCAUGGCGACAAUUGAUCGUUGGUUAUCAUCAUCAAUUCAAACAUCUUUUCGUCAAAAAAGUUCAAUGAAAAAUGCUUAUCGAGCAACAAUUUUUGUCAUUUUCUUAUCAAUGAUUGUUUAUGGACAAUUAUUAUAUUGUUAUGAUGCAAAUUUAAUCAAUGCACCAUUUAAAUGUUAUGCAAAAAAUUAUUCUCGUCAACUUCUUGCUGAUUUGACUUUUGUUUGUUUUACAACAAUUGUUCCGAUUCUUGUUAUGCUUGUUUUUGGUUUAUUAACAAUUUUAAAUAUUCGUCAAAGUCAACGUCGUGUUUUACAAAUGUCAAUAACGAAUUCUCAAACAUCUGUGAUCAAUGAAUUACAAAUUCAAACGAGAAAAAAUGAUCGUAGUUUACUUCGAAUGAUUUUAGUUCAAGUUUUUCUUCUGGGAAGUUUAACACUUCCACAAGCAAUUCAAAGAUUAUAUGCAGUUCUGAUCGAUUCAUCUUCUCAAUCAAAAUUACAAUCAACUAUUGAUAUGUUUAUUUAUAAUAUCGUUCUUUUAUUAACUUAUUUAGCGAGUGCAAUGCAAUUUUAUAUUUUUACAUUAACUGGAGGAACUCUAUUCAGACAAGCCUUAUUUGAUUUAAUUAAAUCGUUUUUCAAUAUAAAAUAUUUAUGUCAAAAAUAA